AUGACUGAUGCCAAUUUAUUUUGCUUACUGCAGUCCCUUCCCUAUGUGGGUACAAUUCCUGAGGGGCUGAAAGCAGGACUGGCCUUGUACUUUCAGGGUGUUGUUGGCACUACAGGUGACCGGUUUACAAUAAACUUCAAGACUGGGCGGUCUGACAAGGAUGACAUCGCUUUUCACUUCAAUCCACGACACAACUCGAUUGUAGCUCUGAAUAGCUUUAAAAAUGGAGGAUGGGAGGCUGAGGAGUCUGUCCCUGACAACCCAUUUAAAGUGGGACAAGCUUUUGAGAUGUUUAUUGUCAUCAAGCCUGAAGGAUAUCAGGUAUACGUGAAUGGCAAGGAGUGCUACCUGUUCAAACACCGUAUACCUCUGGAAAAAGUGUCAGUGAUAAACAUUGAAGGAGAUGUUACAAUGAACCUGUUUGCCUUCAUACAAAAAUGGAGCACAUCUUUAUUUGCCACACAACUAAGGGGCUUCUUGCGCUGGUCUCCUUCCACCAUACAUUCGGAGCUCUCGCUUCCCGUCCAAAAUCCUGUGAGUGAUACAGUAGAUGUUUUCCAGUGACUGUUCUGUGUGCAA